AUGGCGAGCGAUGGUGGAGAUGGGAGGAGUGUAUCCGGUGGGUUAGGUGGUUCAGGGGGUUCCGGUGGGCGACCAGAGUUCAGCGUCGCCAGGUCCUUCACCGCAGACGUCGGGAGGGAGGAAAACGCCACCAUCGUUUUGGCACUAGGAACCUUGGACCACCUCGAGACGGCCGAGCGACGAGUCUCGUUGACAGCAAUAAUUCUGGCAGAGAAAGGCGGUUAA